AUGACAACAAUUGAUCCCAAAGUUGAAACUGGGAAGUUGUUAACGAAAGAAGGUGCGGGUCAUUCGAAGAAAUCUAAAACAACAAAGCAAGUUGUGAUUGUCAAUCCUGAGCCAAAUGUUCAAGAAACAAAGCAAUCAAAGUCUCCUAAGAAAACAACGAAGCCAGAUGAGUUAGUUUUGAAAAUUGUGAUAAAGUCUGUAGAACCUGUUGUUACAGAACCAACUUCAGUUACUAUUCCUUCGGCUGAGGAUAUGGCCAAGAAGAUUUCAAAGAAAAAGAAGAAUACAAAGAAGAGGCAGUUAGUAAUUCCAACGAAAUCAUCCGAAGAAGAAGAAGUGCCUGAAACACCCGAACCCGAACCUAUUAUAGAGACUACUUAUCCUGCGAAGACUGUUGUCAUACCACCCGGAGUUUCGUCCGCCAAAUCAUCUCAUGAGGAGGUACGUACUUGA